GCAUGGAAAGGAUAUAGGUAAAGUGAAGAAUGUGUUUUAGUUUAAGCUUACAGUAAGUGCAAAACAUGGGGGAAAAUUGUCUCGAAUAGGAAUAUUUUUGUGUUUAUACUCGUGUGCGACCGUAGAAUGUCGGUAAAUGUCGGUAACUAUUCGGGAGUUUGUUUACAAAUGCCGGAAGUUUGUUUAAAAUACUUCGAAAUGAUGUUUUUUUUUAAAAAGAAGCCGAAGUAUAAUAAUUUGAAUAACUAUUAAUAUUUCUAGUCCACGAAUCUUGACUUAGACGUGAAGGUAAUAAUUACACUACGAAUUUGCUUUUUUUUUACACCACCCGGCGACAAAGUCUGACACGAACUCGUGACUACGUGUCGAAUUUUAAUACAAGCACAUACAAGCUAGGGCCAUGGUUCUUUCAAAAGGAUAUAUUUUUGUUUUGUUCCUCUUGACGAGCGUGAUAGGACACGAGGAAAGAGAACCGACUUUAAUUUUAAUAUCUUUCGAUGGCUUUCGUUGGGAUUACUUGCAGAAAGUGAAUACAACUACGCUAGCCUGGCUUGCAAAACAUGGUGUUAGUGCCGCAGUUGUGAAUAACUUUGUGACAAGGACAUUUCCCAACCAUUACAGCAUUGUGACUGGUCGGUAUGAAGAAAACCACGGAAUUAUCAAUAAUGUAAUGUGGGACCCAGUAUAUAACGAAACGUUUGUUCCCUCGACGGUCGACCCAAAAUGGUUCAAUGCCUCGGAAGCGGUCUGGAUAACCAAUCAGAAACAGGGAGGUGGGCGAUUAAGUGCUGUGAUCAAUUGGGUAGGUGGGUCUGUACCGUUUCAUGGUCGUAGCGCUGACUUCAGUCCACCGUAUAAUAAAAGUAUUUCGUUUAAAACUCGCAUCGAUAUGGUGCUGCAACAGUUGGACAGAGAUCCGCCAGUUAAUUUUGUGGCUGUCUACUUUCACGAGCCCGAUGCAUCUGGACAUAAGUAUGGACCAAAUUCCAAAGAGGUUGCCGAGGCUAUUCUCCAUCUUGAUCAAAUCACUGGGUAUUUGGUGCAAGAGUUGAAGAAACGACACUUAUUUGAUCAGGUCAGUGUGUUUAAAUUAAAAUACUUUUAACACAAGUAUUAAUCUUUUUAUUUCACCCAUUGAUCCAUUGAGUGGCAGCUCUCUCCUCAAUGAGUAAAAUCAUGUGAUGUUAGACAUACUAAAAUAAUAAAGUAGAUAGAUAGAUAGAAAAACUUUAUUUACCCAUGCUAACCCUGUCAACCGAAGCUGAUUUCCACAGGGUGUGUGCAAAAGUAGGGCACAUUGUUACUUACAGGGUUAACAGAAUGCAUGAGAAGAUGUCUGAUUAACGCAACAAGUGGUAGCACUCUCUCCCCUUGAGUAAAAUUGUCUGCCAUUAGACGAUACAAUAAUGUAGGGUGCAUCAGGGCACAUUGCCACUUAAAUGGUUAAUGGGCAACACACCCCAAUACGUCUUACUUUAUCAUUUUAUCUGUCAAAUAUUUUAUGUCAUAUAUUUGUUUAAUACCAAUGGCGGAAAUUCACUUUUUCUGGUGGGGAGGGGGAGCAAAACCUCCCAAAUUUCCAACAACCCCCCCCCCCCCAAUUUGCAUACAAAAAGGCUGUUUUUGCAAAAAAUUGUCAAUUUUCCAUGGAGGUGGGGGAGGGGCCCAUCCCACCAAAAUUUCUGCCACUGUAUAAUACUAACAACACAUUAAUGGGUCCAUCACAAUUUUCUUCUUUUCAAAGUGAGAGCUCUGAAUACUACUGGUUAAUUUUUCAAUAUUUUAUUUUUCAGGUCAACAUAAUAUUAACAAGCGACCAUGGAAUGGCUGAAGUGGACUCCAAUAGGCUCGUCUACCUAGAUGAUUACAUCUCGUCCGACAAAUACACCUUGGUGGACAGUGCUGUCAAUUCAUUCAUUAUCCCACAUCAAGGCGAGGAAGAGAAUAUCUACAAGAAUUUAAGCCAAGCUCCUCACUUGACAGUAUUUCACAAGAAAGAUAUUCCUGUGUAUUGGCAUUAUGCCAACAACCGUAGAGUCACGCCAAUAUUUGUGACGAGCGAUUUUGGAUACAGAAUUGUCAGAAACAUAAAGGAUAAAGACUUUGAACAUGGUGAUCAUGGUUAUAAUAAUUCCAUCAAAGAAAUGCAUCCUUUCUUCAUUGCUCAUGGGCCAGCUUUUAAACAGGGCUAUCAAUCAAAACCUUUUAGCAUUGUGGAUAUUUAUUCAUUAAUGUGUCAUAUAUUGGACAUAACACCUGCACCAAAUGACGGUAAUUUUGCAGCAGUGUCGCAAAUGAUGCGUCAGUCAAAACCUAGCAAUUAUGUGUUGUUCAUUGUAGCGAUAGUUGUCGCAACUCUCAUUUUGGUUAUAAUGAUAUCUGGUUUAAUUAGCAAUUUUCGGAAAAGAAGUUAUCAGUUUUCUAGAAUUCAUGAUCAAGAUCCUUAUUCAUAAUAAUCUAAUCGGGGUUAAUUCAUACAUAAACUGUAUAAAGAGUCAUUCAUUAAACUGUAUUUUUAUGAGUACCAGAUUAAUAUAUGUUAGCUUUACUUUAAAUUAGAAUGUUUAUAUUUGGAGUGUAAGUAUUGUUAAUUAACCCAUUGAGUCGCAUUGCACCCUGAUGCACCCUACUUUAGUAUUUUACUCUGUCUAAUGCCAGAGUAUUUUACUCUGUCUAACGCCAGACGAUUUUACUCGUCAAGGGGAGAGCGCUGGCACUUAGUGGGUUAACUGGCCUAUCUGCCCAUGUGUCUAGUUAACCCAAUGAUUCGCAUUGCACCCUGAUGCACCCUACUUUAGUAUUUUACUCUGUCUAACGCCAGAGUAUUUUACUCUGUCUAACGCCAGACGAUUU